AUGCCGCUUGUGCAAAGAAGAGUGUACAAAAUGGAUAAAAUGCAGAAGGCUGAAGAAAGAAUUAAAUGUAAUCCAUGGGACAUAGAGGCAUGGAGUGUUCUGUUGCGUGAUGCACAAGGCAAGAAGAUUGAGGAUGCAAGAGAAGUUUUCGAACGGAUAGUCGCCCAGUUUCCUUUGUCAGGGCAGUACUGGAAAAUAUACAUAAAUCAAGAGAUGAAAGCAAAAAACUAUGAAAAGGUGGAAAAGUUGUUUCAGCGUUGUCUAGUUAAAAUUUUGAGUAUUGACCUUUGGAAAAUUUACUUGCAGUAUAUAAAGGAAACAAAAGGAAAACAACAGUCAUUCAGGUAG